AUGGAGAAUAUGCAGAACUGGACCGAACUUGAGCACAGAACAUAUGUUGAAACGAGCAUAUUACCAACAUCAUUCUCAUUCAAUGAAGUGCAGCAAGAAAAUAACGGCUCGCUCAUUGUAAACAAUGAGAAAAGUGACUCGAUAAUGGUCAAGAGUAUCGAAACGGUAUCACCUAUGCUGAAUGAAAUUCCCUAUGAUAACAAUGCAAAAAUUAUGAAUCUACCAACAACAAGUCAUCCUGAAAAUGCUUUGCUGCAAAUGCUCAAUGAGAAUGGUUUAAUAAGGUCGCUCAAGUUACUUAACCAAACUACAACGCAACACGAUGAGAACCCGCAUGUUUCGAUCGAAAGUGUUAAUAGUGAGACGAAAGAUGGCGUCAUCCAAGAGCAAAUAAAAGCGAUUAUGCCGAAGUGGGAAGCUGACUAUGAGAGCGUUACGAAUCACACUCAAUAUGACAGCAAACAGCCACCCUUGUUCAUAACACCACAUCGAAACACUUCCACUGCUUUGACCUCUACUGAUGAAAGUUUCCUGAAUUGGAGUAGAAGAAAAAAUCAACCUUGGCAAUAUCUCGCCAACAAUGCGUCACCUCCAAGCAUAGUCAAUCGCAGUUUAUCGGAUAGUGUUGCAGAAAACUUGAAAGAGCUUGCAACAGAUGUUAUGCCUAUUUCUGAAACGUUCAUUCCAGAAGAACAAUAUAAAAUUAAUAGUGAUCCAAAAUUUGCAUCUUUCGAUGAAAUUAACAUCAAUUCAUCGACGUCUGUUGGGGAUUUGGAAGUGACAGCAACAGCGGCAACAUUCGCCAUAUCAACAAUAAACGAUUCGAAAUCGUCAGUUAGGAACACUCAUACAAGCAGUCAACAUGUAACCGAUUCAGUCUUCAGUAAUCAGGGUGAUUCCACUAAACAAAUUAUGAUUGAUAACAAUGAUGGUUUUUUGAAUAUUAAUCAAGCAAAUGAUAAUGAAUCGAUACCAAGCGACAAUGCAAAAUCAUUCGAAUUUAAUUCUGACACCAGUGAUUAUGCACUACCAGUUGGUGGUGGUGGUGAAACGAUUGCAUUUGAUGGAACGAUGUUCAAUGCAAUCGAAAUGAAUCAAGCAGAUCACUCAACAAAAGAAUUCGAAGUGAAAUGCAAUCAGUCAGUGUCUUCAAACAAUGGCACUCGUGGAAAAAUCACUGAAGUUUAUUUGAAUCGAUUCAUAGGUGCUCUGCAGGCACACGAAGGGAUGCCAUGUUCGGCGGUAAACUGUACCAAAACGUUUGAACCGGUUUGUGACUCAAACGGACGAACACAUAAGAAUAUAUGUCUGUUUUACUUUUAUUUGUGUAAACUCCAAAAACUGAAUGGACGACAUGUUCGAAUUGUUCAUGAAGGAGGAUGCGAGAAGGUUGCUUCUGUGCAUUUUCAUUUUCACGUGUUGUCAAUCGCUGUGUUAAUCCAACAUUUAUCAAUCAUCUUGAUUCAAAGGCAAUGGAUUAUGACUCUCCAUUUCCUGUCCAGUCGAUGUAGUGCUUUAUAG